AUGGCCACCGACCUCGCCAUGAGCGCAGAGCUGCCAAACAGCCCGCUGGCCAUCGAGUACGUCAAUGACUUUGACUUGAUGAAGUUCGAGGUGAAAAAAGAGCCCCCGGAGGCGGAACGCUACUGCCACCGCCUCCCGUCCGGCUCGCUCUCCUCGACCCCCAUCAGCACGCCCUGCUCCUCCGUGCCUUCUUCGCCGAGCUUCUGCGCCCCGAGCCCCGGCGCGCAGCCCAACCAGAGCCUCUCCAGCGGGGUCACCAGCGCCGGCAGCAGCAGUAGCAGCAGCGGAAGCAACAAUCACAACAACGCGGGGAAGCCCCAGCUGGAGGACCUGUACUGGAUCCCGAGCUACCAGCAUCACAUCAACCCCGAGGCGCUCAACUUGACCCCGGAGGACGCGGUGGAGGCCCUCAUCGGGAACGCGCAUCACCAUCACCACCAUCACCAAGCCUACGAGGGCUUCCGCGGCCAGCAGUACGCGGGAGAAGACCUGUCCGCGGCCUCGGCGGGUCACCACCACCAGCCCCACCACCACCACCAUCAUCACCACCACCACCUCCACGGCCACCACGUCCGGCUCGAGGAGCGCUUUUCGGACGAGCAGCUCGUCAGCAUGACCGUGCGAGAGCUCAACCGGCAACUGCGCGGCUUCAGCAAGGAGGAGGUGAUCCGCCUCAAGCAGAAGAGGCGCACCCUGAAGAACCGAGGCUACGCGCAGUCGUGCCGCUUCAAGCGCGUCCAGCAGAGACACAUGUUGGAAACCGAGAAAUGCACCCUCCAGAACCAGGUGGAGCAGCUCAAGCAGGAUGUGGCGCGACUCGCCAAGGAAAGGGAUCUUUACAAGGAGAAGUACGAAAAACUGGCCAGCCGGACCUACUCCAGAGAUCCAUCCGGGAAACAGGCCGACUUCUUCAUGUGA